GUGUAGCUCGUUAGGUUCCUCGCACCCAAAAUACGUGCAGGAGGGUUGGUAGUUGCAUACAGAGGGUGCAUGCUAUUACCGGUAGCGUUGAAGGCUUGAAGUAGCAUGCACUGUCUGCGCGUCGCUACAACCCAGCAACUCAGCGGCAGAAGUCCCCGUUGCCGUCGCUCGUCGCAUACUUCGUUCCCGCUCCAUCCCCGUGCUCUUCAUACCGGUACAGUCCAGCGAAGUACACCAGCCAGCGCGGCAUCGCCGAACGGAUCCGGCUCCUCCUUUGAGAAUAGGCAGGACGACUGCGCCGCUAUGCUUGACGAUGAUUUGGCUCAGCUUUUCAGCCAUGCCAUGCCUAAAGCGGAGAUAGGCGCGCUCAGGUUCCUGCAGGAGUAUCCUGAAUACGACGGCCGUGGUGUGAAAAUUGCCAUCUUUGACACCGGCAUUGACCCAGGCGCUGCAGGCCUCCAGGUCACCACGGAUGGGAAGCCCAAGAUCCUGGACGUGUUGGACUGUAGCGGCAGUGGAGACGUGGACACCUCCCGAGUGGAGCGGGCGGAUGAGGCCGGCUGCAUCCGGGGUGCCAGCGGCCGCAGCCUGCGCCCCAACCCGGCCUGGCUGAACCCCUCGGGUGAGUGGCAUGUGGGUGUCAAGCACGUGUACCAGCUGGUGAGUCGGGCGCUGGUGGCGCGGCUGAAGGAGGAGCGGCGGAGGCGGUGGGAGGCGGAGCAGCGGGGCAGGCUGGCGGAGGCGGUGGCGGAGCUGGCAAGGUUUGAUCAGGGCACCCCGGGGCCCAAGCCAGCCUGCAGCGAUGCGGCCCGGCGGGAGAGGGCGGAGCUGGAGGCCAGGGUCGGACUGCUGCGGGACCUGGCCAAGAGCUAUGAGGACCCAGGCCCCCUGCUCGACUGCGUGGUAUGGCACGACGGAUCCCUCUGGCGAGCCGCCCUAGACACCUCCGACCUGCACCCCCCAGGCAGCUGCAAGGGGCGACUGCAGGACUUCCAACCGCUAACCAACUUCGCCAUUGAACGACAGUACGGCACCUUCAGCGAGUUGGACAGCUGCAACUUCGCGCUCAACAUCCAGUCCGGCGGCACCUGCCUGUCCAUUGUGGUGGACUGCGGCGCACACGGCACCCACGUGGCGGGGAUCACGGCGGCGCACUUCCCGGACGACCCGGGCAGCAACGGAAUCGCGCCGGGCGCCCAGCUGAUCAGCUGCAAGAUCGGCGACACGCGGCUGGGCUCCAUGGAGACGGGGGUGGGGCUGGCGCGGGCGCUGGGAGCUGCGCGGCGGUGGGGGGCGCACCUUGUCAACAUGAGCUACGGGGAGCCAACCAGCUCGCCCAACCAGGGCAGGUUCAUCGAGCUGGCCAGUCAGCUGGUCCGCAAACACAACAUCAUCUUCGUUGCCUCAGCAGGCAACGCGGGACCGGCGCUCUCCACCGUGGGAGCCCCCGGCGGCACCUCCUCCGCGCUGUUCGGAGUGGGGGCCUUCCUGUCGCCGCAGCUGGCGGCAGCGGGACACAGCGUGAGGCUGCAGGCGCCAGCACCGACACCGCUGUCACCACCACUCGCAGCAGCAGGCGGGUGCGGCGGAGGCGGUGUUGGUAACAAUGGUGCUAACAACGGGUGUAACGGUACGGCAACGGCUGCGGGUACGGGUACGGGCACGGCGGCGUUGGUGGCGGCAGGAGACGGGGGUGCAGCACCAGUAGGAUUAGUACCAGCAUCCGCAGCAGCAGCGGAUGGUGGUGCAGGUAUUGGGGCAGCAGGUGCAGCCGCAGCAGCGGGUGCAGCAUCAUCCGCAGGUGCAGCAGCAGCAGCGGGUGCAGCCGCAGCGGGUGUGUGUGUUGGUGGCGGGUUGCAGUACACCUGGAGCUCCCGAGGCCCCACCGCGGACGGGGCGGUGGGGGUGGCGUUCUCGGCUCCUGGGGGGGCCAUCGCGCCCGUGCCCACCUGGACGCAGCAGCGGCGGCAGCUCAUGAACGGCACCUCCAUGGCAGCUCCCAACGCGGCGGGCGGCAUCGCACUGCUGCUGUCGGGGCUGCUUGCACGCAAGGGGGGGAGCAGCAGGAGCUGUUGUGACGCUGGGACCGUGGCAGCAGAGGCAUGGGGGCAGGCGGCGUCGGGGUCGGCGGAAGAACCGGAUCUGGGCGGCGCUGAGAAGGCGGAAGACCUUCCGCGAUGGCUACAGGAGCAGCAGCUGGAGGAGGGGAAGGAGGGUGUUAGGGGAGAGGGAGGGGGCGGGGUAUGGGGCCCUGUGGCUGCCCAUGUGCUUCGGAGGGCGCUGGAGAAUACGGCACUGCCACUGGGGGGUGACGCUGCGGAUGCCGUACUCACGUACGGCAGGGGACUCAUCCAGAUUGACGCCGCUUGGGGGUACC